AGCAGCGGCAUAGUCAACACACACCAGCCGACCAGACAUGUUCAAGUUUGUGGUGCUCGCUCUGUGCGUGGCUGCCGCGUCUGCCGGUGGAGGUUACGGCGCUCAGAGUCAUCAGCACGUGCAACAAUACAAUGCCUGGGGUGGCAGCAAGUACGGAGUUGACCAGACCCACGCCACUUACGCCGGUGGUCACGGUGGAUACGGCGGAUACGGAGGAUACGGAUCCUUUGCUGGAGGUCAUGCCAAAGUCUACGCUCAGGCCCAUGGAUCUGGUGGAUAUGGACACGGCGGAUACGGCGGUGGACACGGUGGAUACGGCGGUGGACACGGCGGAUACGGCGGUGGACACGGGGGAUACGGCGGUGGAUAUUCCUACGGAUACAGCGCUGAUGUCGGACACGGUGGAUACGGUGGAUACGGUCACUAAUUCAACUAAUUCUCACUACUGAAAGCGGUUGAUUCGUCUAAGGAAACUAUCGAUGUCUGUAAUAAAAUAAACGAAAACUUACCCU